CUGUGCAGAGUAUCGACCUUGAGAUCUAAUUAGCUCUUUUCUCGAUUGCGAAUCGAAAGUUGCGGCUUGGUUUGCCUUGCAGGGCGAUCAAAGGUCGCAUCGCCAGAGUCCUUCAGUUCAUGAGCUUGCGAUAGCUAAACUGCCGACCUUAGCUGGCCCGUGCCAUCGCCGGAGCUCCAGGGCAUACUUACACUGCCUCGAUAGCCCUUUGUCGACGUGCUGCAUGCUGGACAAUGUCAUGGACUUUGCGACAUCAUGUCUGACCCUGAAGAAGCCUCUCCUACUGGAGAGCGAGCGGACGACUACGAGAACCCGGUCCCUGCCGUAGAAAAUGAAAGCCAAAACGAAGACGAUGCCGAUGUCCCCCAGCUCGAGCAGCCAGAAACACCGGAAGACCCAAGCUCUGUGAAUGCGGAGGAAGAGGAGAAGAACCAUGUCAUAGAUGACAACCUCCUAGAGCCGCCUAUUCAAAAUGGGGAUAUUUCCGAGAUUACGUCGGCGGAUGCAAGCUCCAUCGAUGCGAUCCCGCGGAGGGCAGGGAGUCCCAUUGAAUCCGUCACUUCUGCGCCAGGAGACUCUCCCUCGAUCCAGGGCUCGCGCAUAUCCUCACCGGGCAGCAGUGUGUUGCCGUCAUUUGCCUCCCGUCCGGGCAUCAGCAGUCCCACGCCGUCCUUCCGACCCUUCGAUCGACGUUUCCAAUCCCGAAUAGCAUCAUUCAACACCCUCAGCCCUCGUCCAUCGACUCCUACAUUUGUGCCAAAUCACAGCCGCCAUGCCUCCUUUAAUUCCAAUUUCCCGUCAGAACAAGCCGAUACUGAUACGCCGUCGCCCCCAUGGGAGGUUGUGAGGUGGACAAGGCUGAAGAAGCUAAACAGCUAUGCGUUCUCGGAAUCAGGGAGGCGUAAUUUUGGAUCUCCUACCUGUCUUUCUGUGUCCGCAUCCAUUGUUUUGGGAACCUCUAAAGGCAUCAUCUUAGUUUUUGACUACAGUCAGAAUCUAAAAACGAUCAUAGGACCUGGUACCAAAGCUAUCGAAUCUGGGCCCAUCACUGCUCUUGCUAUAUCGGCAGAUCACACCAUUAUAGCCGGAGGCCAUGCGAAUGGUAACAUCUUCACCUGGGACACAGCACGUCCCUCACGGCCCUUUCUCACAAUUUCACAUCUGGAUGAAUCCCAGGUACAAAACAGGACUCUCGAUGGCCACAUGCCUGAUGCUCCUGUUAUUCACCUGGGCUUUUUGGGCACUCGACACACAGCUCUUGUGUCUGCUGAUGGCCAUGGCAUGGCAUUCUCCCAUCUUGCCACGAGGGGUACUGGGCCUCUUGGAAGAACGGUAAAGACUACAAGAAUAUUGGGUCGAUAUCCGAAUGCGCCUAUGCAACCGGGAAAAGUUAUAAAGCCCAGUACUGUCCUCGCUUUUGCGCCUCUUCCGCUGGGAAACGUUGAGCGCGAGACUGACAAGAUGGGGCUGACAGCGAUGUUGACCCCUUAUUUGCUCGUUAUUGUGUCUACUACUCCAGUGGCACAGACGCAACACAAGUCUGCACGGCCCAAGGAUGUUCCGGCUCAUAGCGCCAUGACGGGUUGUUUGGCUUGGUUCCCUGCCGUAAAUCUCAAGGCUGCAGAUACACACACAGGCUCAACCACCUCAAAAGCUAAGCUGGCGUAUUGUUGGUCUAAUGUGCUUACAGUACUGGAUGUGGAUGAGAUUCCUGGCGACGAUAGUGAUCCGCCAUCAUUGAGAUUUAAAGCUCGAAGCAGGUGGAAAUGCGAAGAGUCUAUUGCUGCGGUACAGUGGCUCAGCCGCUCCGUGCUGACAGUUUUGACCAUCUCUCAAAGACUGAUUGUCCUGGAGGAUAGAACCAUGCGCAUGACGGAAGCAUUUGACUUAUUGGAAAGAUAUAUCUACCAUACUGAUCUUUUCUCCCAGCAGCUGCAUACCCUUGUGGAGCAUUUAGAUGAGAAUGAUGUGUCCAUGCAUGGAGUUGUAGCCGAUGCGUUUUAUAUGAGCUUCAAGGCAUACAAAGGGAGAAUGUUCCUCUUAGGUUUCAACGAUGUGGCUAUAGGGGCGUUGUCAAAUUGGGCAGAUCGGCUGAUUGCCACAAUGGAGCAUGGUGACUACAUAGGGGCUAUCCAGCUGGCUACCUCAUACUACACUGGCGACGCCAAUAAACUGACAGUCGGCCUCCCUGACGAUACUGAGCAAAGGCACAGCAUGGUUCGCGACAAGAUCAUGGAGAUUACGAGUGCCUCUCUAAAGUACGCCUUUGCACAAAGGCAGAAGAACAAGGCGUCUGUGGAUAACGACCAUUUGAAACAGCUUGCUGAAACUUGCUUUGUGGCAUGCCAAACUGUCGGCAAUACCGACUAUCUGUUUGACGAGCUGUAUGAAUGGUAUAGCGAUGCCGAUGCCGAGGGCAUAUUUCUCGAAACUCUUGAGCCUUUUGUCCUCGAUCAAACAAUUCGUAUUGUUCCGCCUACGGUGGUCAAGGAUAUGGUCAGCUACUAUGUCACCAGAGGCUGGGAAAGCAGGCUUGAGGAAUUGAUAUGCCAUAUGGAGACUGCCACUCUUGACUUGGAUCAGCUCACAAUCCUCUGCAAGCAGCACAAUCUGUAUGACGCGCUUACCUAUGUCUGGAACCAAGCCCUGCAAGAUUACAUUACACCAAUGAUCGACCUACUUAGCCUCCUCGUCCCGUUGAUGUCGAACGGGGAUUCCGUCCCUGAUAAUACGGCUGACGAUUACUACGGUGUCAAUGCGGUCAAGAUUUUCCCUUACCUUUCUUACACCCUUACCGGUCGGGUCUACCCGAGCGGUGAAAUCAUGGACGAAGAGACGGCGAAUAGAGCCAAGGCCGAGAUUUAUUGGUUUUACUUUUCUGGCAAGACCAUUUCAUGGCCCAAAGGCAGUGGCGGAGAAUUUCUCACUAGACCCGACGCAGAGUCAGAGCCUGCGUUCCCUUAUUUGAGGAUGAUUCUCAAAUUCGACGCCCCAAGCUUCCUCAGCGCCCUUAAUGAAGCAUUUGAAGAUUCCUUCCUAAACGACUCCUCCGAGAAGAAGCCUAAUGGUAGUAGCUCCAGAGCAGACAUACCAGAAGAGCAGAUCUUUGGCCUGACAAUCAACCGACAAUACGUCUUAUCCAUCUUGCUCGACGUUAUGAAUCCGUCAGAUUUUGCGCCGGCCGAUACCAUCUAUCUCGACAUGUUCAUUGCUCGAAAUCUUCCCAAGUUCCCCCAAUAUCUGCUCUUCUCUGGUACGACCUUGUCAAAAGUCCUCACCGGGCUUUGCAACUAUCCUGGCUCUGAUCUUGCCGAGGAUGCGCAAUUGAGCGCCGAAUAUCUGCUAUCAGUUUACCACCCUUCAGAUAUGCCUGCGUUAAUGCCAUUGUUCAAGCAGGCAGGCUUCUAUCGAAUUCUGAAACGAAUAUACAAAGUUGACAAACAGUUCGGAAAGCUCGUACAGACGUUCUUUGAAGAUCCAGAAGAUCAGGACUUGGUGUUCGACUGUAUUGCGGAAUGUUUACGACCCCAUAGUGAACUGAGUCAGCGACAACAGCAUGAAGUCUUGACCAUUGUCGAAAACCACGCAAGAGACUUGCUUGAAUUGGGCCCCGAGCGCUCGGCCUCAACUCUUGCGCUACAAACGACUGAACUACACCAGCAUAUUCUCAAUUCCGCAGAGGAUGCCCCUGAGCUACAGCAUGCUUAUCUAAAGACGUUACUAGAGCCAGAAGAUCCGCUGGCAGAUGGACAGCUGACGCACGAGCGGCUACUUGUUGAGCGAUAUGUUCGACUGAUGUGUAGAUUUGAUGCACAGCACGUGUCAGAUUACAUUGGGCUCGUCCAAUCGGUCGAUCUUCAACUGGACAGUUUGUUACCCACUAUGGAAGAAACGGGUGUGGUGGAUGCCGCUGUUGUGCUCAUGGCCCGAGCAGGACAAGUUGCCAUGGCUAUGGAUCGAUUAGUCCGUCAUUUGGGCACGCUCGAAUCUGCCAUGGAAGCACUUUUGCGCUCGUCCAGCACACAAGACGGCGAAGAGGGCAGUGCACCGUCGCUGGAAGCCUCAGCCGAAGCUCUUCUUGAAAGCCUGCAGAACUAUGUCCAUGUUGGGAUUUGGUUAUGUCAGGAGCAGACAAAAUCUACAAGGAGAGUCAGUGUGGUAUCGAAGAAUAAGACUGCCCAAGAGAAUCUGUCAGCAGAUGAAAGUCUCUGGCUGAGCCUCAUUGGUGCUUGUGUACAGGUUACUCAAAAUCUGUCACCGGCCAUACAAGCUGCUGCGAGCAGCAGUGCCUCUGAUGAGGAGAGGCUCUUGGCGAAGCUGCGAUCACUUGUGCAGCAUACCUUUACCUCGCUACUUGUUUCUACUUCAAGCCAAGCUUCAAAUCAAGCAAAUGGCCAGUUGGGUUCCAAUGUUCUGUCAAGUGCAGGGUCCAAUCUCUCGUUCCUACGAAUAUUGAGAGCGUUCCUUGAAAAGGCAGCAGCAUCAUCACCAAGCUUGGCUGAUCUUCGCAGUGUGCUUGCGUCCAUCUUCUCAGCUUACGCAUACGAGGAGUCUAUUCUUCGUCUGUCCAACCGCCUCUUGGAACGAAGUCUCUUCACAAGUGUGGACACAUCUGUCGAACUUAGACAGCGUGGAUGGAGGCCGCGCGGUUCGACAUGCGAGGCAUGCGGCAAAAGAGUAUGGGGCCCAGGCCUCGCCGGCGCGACGGUGUUUGAGGCUUGGGAAGACAAGCAAGCGGCGGAGGAGGUGGCCAGACAGCAGAGGCAAACGCAAGUUGCGGAACGAGCCAAGGGCCACGCAAGAGUGUCAGAUCGUAGGAGCAAGGGGAAGAGCUUGGAUAUGCGGCCGUCAAGCAUGCUCAUUGAGCAAAUCGCUGGUAAGUCGAAUAAAGACCAAGUCUUGGGGCCGCUCGUCGUGCUGGCUUGUCGACACAUUUACCACCAGACCUGUCUGGAUGCGUUGCAAGAGAAGCAGGAGAAUGGCGUCUUGCCUAGGGAACUGGAUUAUAAGCAAUUAACCAUGUCUGGCACCGACGAAGACGGCUUUGAUGGCGAAUACAUCUCAGACAACCAAUCCUCGGGCUCUUCAGACCAGGAAUCGCCGCCGCCGCCGCUCUCGCAGAACUACUUUGCGCCUCCAUUCUACGGCCGACCACCCACGCCUCUGCCUCCAUCUCCGUCUCUGACCUCGCUGCUACGGCCCUCCCGUCCGACGACUCCCGAUGCAUCGGACGACGACAUCGCGCCCGUCCCGCGCACGGCGCCCAGGGUGCCGACAUACGAGUACUACGGCUUCGUGCUGUACCUGUUCAGCAGCCUCAUCUUCCUCAUGUACCUCCUCUGGAGCUACCUCCCGUCGCCGUUCCUACACGCGCUGGGCAUAUACUACUAUCCGGACCGCUGGUGGGCGCUGGCCGUGCCCGCGUUCCUGGUCAUGACGCUGGUGUACAUCUACGUGGCGCUGGCGGCGUACAACCUGGAGAUUUUGACGGUGCCGAUGACGAGCGUGGAGACGAUUGUGGACGGGGCGGGCAAGCUGGCGGUGAUUGACUCCAAGGGGAGGCUCAAGGGGAGCAGUAAGAGGGAGAGGAAGGUCGAGAGCAAUGGGAGGCUGAGGUGGAGGGAGAUUUGGAACGAGGGGACGGAUGCGGUGCUGGAUAUUCCGCUGGCGGGAGUGUGUGAGGUGUUGUAUGGGGAGGGGAGGGAGUUGUCUGAUAGUGAUGAGGGGAUUUGAGAUUUUGAUACAGGUUGGGGAUUCUAGUUUGAUGAUUUAUGGCGUUUUUGGCAGAACAAGCGGGCAAUGGGUUUAGACAUUAAUAUUUACAGCUGCAUAUCAGAGGAUACCCAUGAUGGAUGUGGCUCGAAUGAGUGUUGACAACUUGAGAUUAGAAGGGAGUUUCAAUACUUAUCUAAUGAAACGAAUUCAUAUAUAUGCUACAUGAAAUCAACGCAGAUAAUG